AUGUUUCGCGCUGCCCAUUCUGUGCGGUCACUUUCCACAACCGUGAUCAGUAAGCAGGAUCUUGUCCAGCAAGCUUUCGUCAAGAAGAUCCGAGAGUAUGCCCAGAAGGGUGGAGAUCUUUCAAGCUCAGAUCCAGCUGCGAAGAAGGCUCUCAGCGAUGAGCUCAAUCGACUAGCCGCAAAAUUUCAGCUGGCUAAUGCUGAUGUUGUCGGAAAACUGCCUACUGAUUUCGACCCCCCUAAGGUUGAUUCGUCUGUCCAACAACUUCUGGAAGGCAAUUCGUUGGCAAAAAUGAUUGAAGAUGUGCAAAAGCAAAAGGCAGAUUACGUGGCUGCACAAAAAGCGAAAAAAGCCGCCGAAGCCGCUCGCCUCGCCGCCCUUAAACAGUAG